GCCGCGCCUUCUCCCAACCCUCUGCUCCAACCCCCGGCGCCCGCGCCUCCCCAGUCCCGCUGCGCGCGCGGCUCCGGGACCAGCAUCGGUGAUGCCGACAGAAACCUCCGGUCCUCGGACUCGCUGAAGAAGCAGCGGCCGCUUGCUGGGGCCGACGGUGACUGUACAAGCAGGUCGUGCUUGGCCGAGGCUCCGGCUGCAAAGCGCGGGGACUCCGGGGGGAGGGGGGAGGGACCAUUCUGUCCGAGCCCCGGCGCGAGCCCCGGCUUUGAAGGGUCUCCCAGCCCGGCCCCUUAGCAGCUCUGCCUCGGACUUCGGGAAGCUUCCGGCGUCCUGGGGCGCCCAGCCGGACCCGAUCGGACUUAAGAAGUUCCCUCUCCGCAAACUGACUUGCGGCUGUGCUAACCGCCCGGGGCAUGGGCCCCCCAACAAGGCUCCCGGAGGCCCCGCGGCGCCGCAAGAUGUGAGAGGCCCGCGUCGGACAUAACCGGAGCUUUGGGAGAGGAGCUGCUAGCCCCCAGCCUCCACGAGCCCGGCGAGGUGGCCGUGCGCGCUGCGCCCCCGAGGUGCUGAGCGUCCGGGAGCGCCCGACUCGGGGCCGGAGCGAGUAGCUGGCCGAGGCGCGCCGCGGAGAGCAGGCUGUCAUGCCCUAUUGAUCCCCCGCCCCCCGCCAAGUAUGUUUGGGCUGGACCAAUUCGAGCCCCAGAUCAACAGCAGGAACGCUGGGCAGGGCGAAAGGAACUUUAACGAGGCCGGACUAAGCAUGAACGCCCACUUUAAGACCCCGGCUUUCCACGCAGGGGGACCCCCUGGCCCCGUGGACCCUGCCAUGAGCGCGCUGGGCGAGCCCCCGAUCUUGGGCAUGAACAUGGAGCCUUACGGCUUCCACACGCGUGGCCACUCGGAGUUGCACGCCGGGGGGCUGCAGGCGCAGCCGGUGCACGGUUUCUUUGGAGGCCAACAGCCACACCACGGUCACCCAGGAGGCCACCACCCCCACCAGCAUCACCCCCACUUCGGGGGCAACUUCGGAGGCCCGGACCCAGGGGCCUCCUGCCUGCAUGGGGGUCGCUUGCUCGGCUACGGCGGCGCAGCCGGUGGCCUAGGCAGUCAGCCGCCCUUUGCGGAGGGUUAUGAUCACAUGGCUGAGAGCCAGGGGCCUGAGAGCUUCGGCCCUCAGCGACCAGGGAACCUCCCGGACUUCCACAGUUCGGGCGCCUCGGGCCACGGCGUGCCUGCUCCAUGCUUGCCGCUGGACCAGAGUCCCAAUCGAGCGGCCUCUUUCCACGGCCUGCCGGCCUCCAGCGGCUCCGAUUCCCACAGUUUGGAGCCUCGGAGGGUGGCGAACCAAGGAGCCGUCGACUCUCUGGAAUACAAUUACCCGGGCGAGGCGCCCUCGGGACAUUUCGACAUGUUUUCACCCUCAGAAUCUGAGGGGCAGCUGCCUCAUUACGCGGCCGGUCGCCAGGUUCCCGGGGGCUCUUUCCCGGGCGCCUCGGCCUUGCCCAGAGCUGCAGGCAUGGUGGGCUUGUCCAAAAUGCACGCCCAGCAGCAGCAACAGCAGCAGCAGCAACAGCAGCAGCAGCAACAGCAGCAACAGCAGCAGCAGCAGCAGCAGCAGCAGCAACAGCAGCAGCAGCACGGUGUUUUCUUCGAGAGGUUCGGGGGGACCCGAAAGAUGCCUGUGGGUUUGGACCCAGGAGUAGGCUCCAGACACCCGUUAAUGCAGCCUCCCCAGCAGGCCCCUCCGCCCCCUCAGCAGCAGCCCCCUCAACCUCCGCAGCAGCCGCCGCCACAGCAGCCGCCCCCUGGGCUUCUGGUCAGACAAAAUUCAUGCCCGCCCGCACUCCCACGGCCCCAGCAGGGCGAGGCAGGCACACCCAGCGGCGGUCUGCAGGACGGGGGCCCCAUGCUGCCCAGCCAGCACGCGCAGUUCGAGUACCCCAUCCACCGGCUGGAGAACCGGAGCAUGCACCCUUAUUCCGAGCCUGUGUUUAACAUGCAACACCCCCAUCCGCAGCAGGCACCCAACCAGCGGCUGCAGCAUUUCGACGCCCCCCCGUACAUGAAUGUGGCCAAGAGGCCGCGCUUUGACUUCCCGGGCAGCGCGGGAGUGGACCGCUGCGCUUCGUGGAACGGCAACAUGCACAACGGCGCUCUGGACAACCACCUCUCGCCCUCCGCCUAUUCGGGCCUACCCGGCGAGUUCACGCCGCCUGUGCCGGACAGCUUCCCCUCUGGGCCACCCCUGCAGCACCCGACCCCUGACCACCAGUCCCUGCAGCAGCAGCAGCAGCAGCAACAGCAGCAGCAGCAGCGCCAAAACGCGGCCCUCAUGAUUAAGCAGAUGGCGUCGCGGAAUCAGCAGCAGCGACUGCGCCAGCCCAACCUGACCCAACUAGGCCACCCGGGUGACGUAGGCCAGGGCAGCCUGGUGCACGGCGGCCCGGUGGGCGGCUUGGCCCAGCCGAACUUUGAGCGCGAAAGCGGAGGCGCGGGCGCCGCGCGCCUGGGCACCUUCGAGCAGCAGGCACCACACUUGGCGCAGGAGAGCGCGUGGUUUCCAGGUCCGCACCCGCCUCCGGGUGACCUGCUGCCCCGCAGGAUGGGUGCCUCAGGUCUGCCACCCGACUGUGGCCCGCACGACCCCGGCCUGGCGCCGCCCCCUCCCCCUGGCGGCUCUGGGGUGCUGUUCCGGGGCCCACUGCAGGAGCCGCUGAGGAUGCCCGGAGAGGGCCACGUGCCCGCGUUGCCCUCCCCCGGCCUGCAGUUUGGGGGCAGCCUGGCCGGCCUGGGACAGCUGCAGUCGCCGGGGGCUGGGGUGGGACUGCCCAGCGCUCCCUCCGAGCGCCGCCCUCCGCCGCCGGAUUUUGCUGCGCCCUCGCUGGGGGCCCAGCCGGGCUUCCCAUUCGGCGCGGCGAACCGUCAGGCCACGCCGCACAGCGGCCCAGGCGUGAACUCGCCUCCGAGCGCGGGCGGGGGAGGGGGCAGCACCGGCGGCGGCGGGGGUGCGUACCCCCCGCAACCUGACUUCCAGCCCAGCCAGCGCACCUCGGCCAGCAAACUGGGCGCGCUCUCGCUGGGCUCCUUCAACAAGCCCAGCUCCAAGGACAACCUGUUUGGUCAAAGCUGUCUGGCUGCUCUCUCCACCGCCUGCCAGAACAUGAUCGCCAGCCUCGGGGCUCCCAACCUCAACGUGACCUUCAACAAGAAGAACCCGCCCGAGGGCAAGAGGAAACUGAGCCAGAACGAGACCGAAGGCGCGGCAGGGGCCGGCAACCCGGGCUCGGAUUAUUUCCCCGGAGGGGCUGCCCCUGGGGCUCCAGGGCCCGGAGGUCCCUCCGGGACUAGUGGCAGCGGCUCCAAAGCCUCGGGGCCGCCCAACCCGCCUGCUCAGGGGGACGGCACCAGCCUCUCCCCCAACUACACCCUGGAAUCCACGUCGGGAAACGAUGGCAAGCCGGUGCCUGGGGGCGGUGGCCGGGGACGGGGUCGCAGAAAAAGGGACAGUGGUCACGUGAGCCCCGGGACCUUCUUCGACAAGUACUCUGCAGCGCCAGACAGCGGGGGUGCGCCUGGGGUGAGCCCAGGGCAGCAGCAAGCCCAAGGCGCAGCCGUCGGGGGAAGCUCCGCCGGAGAGGCGCGCGGGGCGCCGACGCCUCACGAGAAAGCGCUCACGUCGCCUUCGUGGGGGAAGGGGACGGAGCUGCUCUUGGGGGACCAGCCGGACCUCAUGGCCUCCCUGGAUGGGGGACCGAAGUCGGAUGGUAGUUCCCCGCACGUGGGCGAGUUUGCCUCAGACGAGGUGACCUCGAGCUAUGCCAAUGAGGACGAGGUGUCAUCUAGCUCAGAUAACCCCCCUGCCCUGGCCAAAGCGAGUAGGAGCCCCCUGGUGACGGGAUCGCCCAAACUUGCUCCCCGUGGGAUGGGCGCAGGGGAACACGGACCGAAGGCGCCCCCGCCCCCACUAGGCCUGGGCAUUAUGUCUACCUCUACCUCCACCCCUGACAGUUACGGCGGCGGGGCCUCGGGCCAUCCGGGCACACCAGGCCUGGAGCAAGUCCGGACCCCAACGAGCAGCAGCGGUGCCCCGCCACCUGAUGAAAUCCACCCCCUGGAGAUCCUCCAGGCACAGAUCCAGUUGCAGAGGCAGCAGUUCAGCAUCUCCGAGGACCAGCCCCUGGGGCUCAAGGGUGGCAAGAAGGGUGAGUGCCCUGUAGGGCCCUCAGGCGGGCAGAACGGUGACAGCGAGCUGGGCAGCUGCUGCUCAGAGGCAGUUAAGAGCGCCAUGAGCACCAUUGACCUGGACUCGCUGAUGGCAGAGCACAGCGCCACCUGGUACAUGCCUGCUGACAAGGCCUUGGUGGACGGUUCGGAUGAUGACAAGACCCUGGCGCCCUGGGAGAAGGCCAAACCCCAGAACCCCAACAGCAAAGAAGCUCAUGACCUCCCUGCGAACAAGGCCUCAGCCACCCAGCCUGGCAGCCACUUGCAGUGCCUGUCUGUCCACUGCACAGACGACGUGGGUGAUGCCAAGGCCCGCGCCUCCGUGCCCACCUGGCGGUCCCUGCAUUCUGACAUUUCCAACAGAUUUGGGACAUUUGUGGCUGCCCUAACUUGAAUUGACAAGAAAUCCCAUCUCCCCCACCAGGCCCUUCCUUUCCCUGAGACCCUUUCCAUCCCCUCUCAACCUGAUCCCACCCCCCACUGCUAAUUUGAAAGGGCCACUAUUGCUGAGUGGAUGAUUUUUUUUUUUUCUAGGUUGGUACCUGCUUAGUGGCAUAUGGACCGGAAAGGGUUAAUUUAAAGGGAAAACAAAAAAAAAAAACCUCAAAAAUUUUUUUUAAAAAAGAAACUCGUCUGCCACAGUAUGUUACCAGUGUUAAUUCUUCUGCAGUUAGCAAACUUUUGCUUAAGCCUUUUUCCUGCUAGAUAAUUCCCCACUUUCUGUAAUCUUGGCAUACGUUUUUUAGAUGACCUCUUUCCUUGUUUUAUUUUCAUGCUGCUGUAUGUCCAAGUAUUGUUAUUUCAUAAUAAGACAAAAGUUGCUUUCCUUUUUUAUUCUCUUUUAUUCGUGUUCCUUUUCUCCCUCCAUCCCCCGCCUUUUUUUUUUUUUUUUUUUUUGCUUUGUUCAUUGCUUAUUAAAAUGGAAAUCCUGGAGAAUAGUAGUUCUGGAAUAUUGCCGGGUGAAAGUGAAAUUGUCAUCACAAUAUUAUAUAUUGACACCCAACUGUCAUCAGUCAGGCAGGAGCCAAACAAUUAAUGCCCCCCUUAGGUAUUCCGCCUGGGAUUUUGUUUUGUCUGUUCCCUAAGAAAAUAGAGAUAUAUAUUUUUGUUCUCACAAACACUCGCUCAGCCUCCAGCUCCGUUCUCCUGCUGGAAGCUGCCCUCUGCAAUGGAGGUGAUGACGUGUCCAGCCUGCUCUGUGGGAAGGAGUCGGAAUGUUCGACAGAAGUGUUUUCUCUCCUUUUCUGGGUCUCUGCACAAAUGCCCAGGCUCUGAAUUUUCAUGCUAUGCUAAGCAGCCCUGGUCUGAUGGGGGAUGGUGCCCUUAUAGCCUGCAGAGUCUCAGGGGGCUCCAGGCUCCUGCCUUUGCUGCAGCCUGGCCGGCUAGGUCUUGGGUGCCAGAGUUGGGGGAGGAUGAUUUUUUAGUCCUUGACCCUUUCAGACAACUGUUUCCAGCCUGGCAACCCCAGGACAGAAGGAGAGGAGAGGGUCUGUCUCCCUCAUCUCUUUCAUGCUGUCCCUGGUCCUCUAAUUUCCUGCCUCAACCCUGGACAAGCCCCCAUCCAUGGGAGGAAUGAGGCUUUCUCCAGUACUUUCCAAGGGCUCAUUCGGUGAAAGAGCACCCCCCUGCUCCAACUCAGCCUCCAGACCCCCUUCUCCGAGACUGGGUGUAGUUCUUUGCAGGGGUUUGCAGACUCCCUAUGGCUAGAGGAGGGAGAAAGGGAAUAUAAGUAAUGAUUUUGAUUACUGGGACUUUUUUUUUUAAUCUGUAACUUCUCUCCACUUUGAUUUUAUCUCACCUUGUUGCAAAACAAGAGCCAUGUCCCUUGCACUUCACGAAGGAAAAAUUUUCCCUUGAGCAGAGAUGGGGGUGACUGGGCGAGCAGGGCGGUGGAAAGGGAGGCUCCUGGACCCAGUGGAGGCCUGUUAGCUGCUCUUCCCAGAGCGGUAGUCACCGGAGUCUCAGUGUUGGCAGGGACCGGCACCUUUGGGUGCUGUUGGUGCCUACAAAGGACUUGUAUGACUCAUGGGGGUGGGGGGGGGCACUAGGAUUCCAGGGCGGGUCAGACAAGAAAUGCAAGAAAUGACUGAUAUCACUUCACCCAAAUCAGUGACUCAUGUUUUGUUUCAGUUUUUGUUAAUGAGCAUGUCUUACUAAGUGCUCCAUUUUGAGCUCCCCUCACCCCACCCCCCAUAUCCCUGGAGUUUGCAGACCUGGCUUUUUUUUUUUUAGCAAGUGACCUGAAGGCUUUGGGCUCACCAUACAACACCCACAUUGUUUAUUUCAAAGAGCUUUUCAGCAAAGGGAGGAGAGCAUCCAGAAAAUUCUCCCCUCUCCUCUUUUUUCCUUUGGUCAGUCUAUUCGGCUGGAGCCUGACCCGGGAAGGUCUGAGGUUCUGGCAUGGGCAGUCUGACCAGGGGCUGACCUGGGCCCACAGAGGGCAGACAGAGCAGAGCAGGUGGUGUGAAUUUAUCAGUAAGAGGGUGUGAGCUGACUCCUUUCCUGUGCUCUGCCUGCAAAGGAAAGCAAAGUGGAGAAAACAUACCCCCUGCCAUGGGCUGCAGGAGAAUCGGUCAUAGAUCGAGCAAAACUCCAUGCCCCCUCUGAUUCUGCAAUGUACAGCUAUUUGAGAGCUUCGUCAUUUUAUUUUUUAAAAAGGAAUGAUUUUCCUUAAUUGCUUAAGGCCGGGGAGCAAAGUGUUGUGACUUCUGUCUCUGACUUUCCCUGUGUUGAGUCCAUCAACACGUGGCCACCAGUUCAUGGUCUAGCAACCUCGGAACCCCCUGAAGAUUGAAACUUUCUCGCUCCCCGUGACCCCAGAAUGGAACAGCUUUAAAAAUAGCCUUAAGCAAAAGGAUGUUAUUUCAUUAAAUUUGGUUUAAUGGAAAGAAUAAAAGCAAAUUAAAAACAUACCCAACCCAUGAGGCUCCAAACACUGGUAAUCGGUACUGCAUAGCAAACUCUUCGGGAAAGAAAAAGAAAAUGUUAUUGCACAUGUAAAAUAUGAAAACUUAACUCUGCUGUGUGUUAGGCAAUCCUGUAAUCUUUUUUGACUCUUAAAAGAAAUUCAUUUCUGAAAUGCUUGGUUGGAAGACUGUGACAAUAGCUCAUGAAAUUGAGUGUUAUUUUUUUCUUUCUUUUUUAAAAAAAUAUGUAAAGUGCAGUCUUCUGUAUUCAUGCAUAUUGUAUAUACCUGUAUAUGUUUUCCUGAGCAGCUAAAUAACAAUAAAUAUGACGUUAAUGGUGACUGUGGUACAUUUGUGGGUGGGGCUUGCUUUCCCCCCACCUGCUCCCCCUUUUCCAUGGGUCCACAGAGGAUGGGAGUGUAGGUCUGGAUGCUCAGUGUGUGUGUGUGUGUGUGUGUGUAUGCGUGUGCAUGCACGUGUGUUCAUGUGCAUAUGUGUGUUGAUGCCUGAUGCUAUCCUGUUGGGUCAUCUCAGAAUUCCUCACCACAGGCAGCACUGAUAUUUGGGUUGGGUAGUUCUUUGUGGUGUCGGUGGGAGGG